UUGUUCACUUAUUUGCCAAAAAGAUUUUGUGCUUGAUCUACUUAAAAAUCAACCUUGUGAAAUUAUUUCUAAAUAUGAACAAACGGUUUUUUUUCAAAAAUUUUUCUAAAAAUUUCUUUCAGCUUUUUCGUGAUUUUGUCUCUUCCCACCCUUACUUACGCCUUUGCCUUGGUUCUGAUUGUGACAAAAUUAUUUUUUGUAAUACCUCAAAAGCACAUAGAGUUAUUUGCUCAAAUUGUAAUAUUAAAUUUUGUUUUAAAUGUGGAAGUGAUUACCAUGCACCAGCAAGUUGUGAAAUAAUUAAAAAAUGGUUGGUUAAAUGUGCAGAUGAUAGUGAAACUGCAAAUUAUAUAAGUGCCCAUACAAAAGAUUGCCCAAAUUGUAAUAGCUGUAUUGAAAAGAAUGGAGGAUGUAAUCAUAUGCAAUGCUCAAAAUGUAGACAUCAUUUUUGUUGGAUGUGUUUUAGAGAUUGGAAGACGCACGGAAGUGAAUAUUAUGAAUGUUCUCGUUAUAAAGAAAAUCCACAAAUUGCUCAAGAGGCUAACCAUCUUAAAGCACGCCGCGCAUUGGAACGUUAUCUACAUUAUUAUGAACGAUUCGAAAACCACCAAAAAUCUUUAAAAAUGGAAGAGGAAUUACGUUUAAGAAUAAAAACAAAAAUUGAUGAAAAAGUGCAUAAUCAUGAAGGGACUUGGAUUGAUUGGCAAUAUUUACACGAUGCUGCUACUCUCUUAACAAAGUGUCGCUAUACUUUGCAGUAUACUUAUCCGUUUGCUUAUUAUAUGGAAAGCUCUUCUAGAAAGGAACUUUUUGAGUAUCAACAAGCCCAACUUGAAAAAGAAAUUGAAGAACUUUCUUGGAAAGUAGAAAGGGCAGAGCACACAGACCGGGCUGAACUCGAAAAUCAAAUGCAUGUUGCAGAAUUAAAAAGGCGAACGUUGUUACAAGAUUUUUUCAAUUAA